AUGGGGAAGCGGAAGUUCUCUGGGUUGGAAGUCACCUUAAUAGUGAUGUUCCUGCUGGUUACCGUGGUUGCAGUAGUCCUGGUGGUGCUGAUGGCCACAGGGGAGCCAGCUGUCAUCCAAGACGACAAGUUUGUUCCACAAUGUCCGAACAUUCCACUGUCAGAGAGGGUUGACUGUUUUCCAGAUGCUGGAGCAUCCCAGAGCUCAUGCCUCAAUCGAGGAUGCUGCUGGCAGCCUUUAGAUGAGACCAAUGUGCCAUGGUGCUUCUUCGCCACCAACCACGGAUACCAAGUUGUGAGUGAACAAAGCUCUGCCGAUGGAGACAUACACGCCCAGCUGAAAAGAAUGCCUUCUCCCUCCCUCUUUGGGGCGGAUAUUGAGGAGCUCUCCUUUCAUGCUGAUAUGCAAACAGUGAACCGGCUCCAAUUCAAGAUCACAGAUGCCCACAAAUCCAGAUUCGAAGUGCCCCAUGAGCAUGUGAGAGCACCUAGCAGCCCCCCUAAUGGCGCUCUCAGCUAUAAGGUCGAGCUGGUCAGGAAUCCCUUCGGCCUGAGGGUGCGCAGGGCUUCCUCCAACAGAGUUCUGUUUGACACCACCAUGGGCCCGCUGGUUUUUGCUGAUCAGUACCUCCAGCUGUCUGCCAAGCUCCCUUCACACAACAUCUAUGGGCUGGGAGAGCAUGUCCACAAGAACUUCCGCCAUGACACUAACUGGAGGACCUGGCCCAUUUUCACCCGGGAUGCCUUCCCCAAUGGAGGAACCCACAAUCUGUAUGGACACUAUACUUUCUUCCUUUGCCUGGAGGAUGAGAGUGGAAAAUCAUUUGGUGUUUUCCUCAUGAACAGCAACGCCAUGGAGGUGACGAUCCAGCCAGCCCCGGCAGUCACCUACCGAACCAUUGGAGGUGUUCUGGACUUCUACAUUCUCCUUGCAGACACUCCCGAAGGUGUGGUCCAAGAGUACCUGGAGCUGAUUGGAAGACCUGUAAUCCCACCGUACUGGUCCCUGGGCUUCCAGCUUUCACGGUGGGACUAUGGAAGCUUGGAUGAGGUCAAAAGGACAGUGGAGAGGAACCGUAACAUUGGGCUACCUUAUGACAUCCAGUACACAGACAUCGACUACAUGGAGGACAAAAAAGACUUUACGUAUGAUGCGGUGAAAUUUGCAGAUCUUCCUCAGUUUGCGGAUUACUUACAUGAGAAGGGACAAAAAUAUAUACUCAUACUGGACCCAGCCAUUGCCACCAGUCGCAGGGUGAAUGGGCCGUACGCCUCCUAUGACCGCGGCACUCAGAAGAACGCCUGGGUCACAGAGGCUGAUGGGAAAACACAUUUGCUGGGAGAGGUCUGGCCAGGGCAGACAGUGUUUCCCGACUACACAAACCCCGCCUGCAUCGAGUGGUGGGUGGAUGAGAUUGAGAGGUUCUAUAAGGAAGUGAAGCAUGACGCGCUCUGGAUUGAUAUGAAUGAGGUAGCAAACUUCUUGAAAGGCUCCACAAAAGGCUGUGCCGCCAACAACCUGAAUUACCCUCCUUUUACUCCAAGUGUCCUGGAUGGUGUAAUGUACAGCAAGACUCUCUGCAUGGAUGCCAAACAAACUUGGGGAAACCACUAUGAUGUUCACAGCCUCUAUGGGUACUCCAUGGUCCUGGCCACUGAGGUGGCUCUGAAACGAGUGUUUGGCAACAACAGGACACUGAUGCUCACCAGGUCCUCCUUCCCUGGGGUGGGCAAGUACUCAGGCCACUGGCUGGGUGACAACGCUGCCAACUGGAACGAUAUCAAGUGGGCCAUUCCAGGAAUGCUGGAGUUCAGCCUCUUUGGGGUCCCCUAUAUUGGUGCCGACAUCUGUGGCUUUUUUGAUGACGCAACGGAGGAGCUCUGUAGACGUUGGAUGCAAGUUGGGGCAUUUUACCCCUUUAGCCGAAAUCACAAUGCACAGCAUUAUAAACCACAGGAUCCAGCCUACUUUGGUGCUGACUCAUUGCUGGUGAAGACUUCCAAGCACUACCUGAACAUCCGCUACACACUACUGCCUUACCUUUACACGCUAUUCUACAAGGCCCAUGUCCGCGGGGACACGGUGGUGCGGCCCAUGAUGCAUGAAUUUUACUCUGAUAGCUCAACUUGGACGGUGGACCGACAGUUCCUUUGGGGCCCCUACCUCCUCAUCACACCUGUCCUGGACCCUGGUGUGGACAGAGUUUCGGCCUAUAUCCCAGAUGCAGUGUGGUACGACUAUGAAACGGAAGAGAAACUAAACUCCCGUAAACAGCACAUUGACAUGUACCUGCCAGCAGAUAAGUUAGGCCUACACAUUCGAGGUGGGGCCAUUCUGCCAACACAGAGACCUGCUGUCACCACUGUCUACAGUCGCCAGAACCCCAUGGGGCUGAUCGUCGCUCUCGAUGAUGGUAACAGCGCUGCAGGAGAGCUAUUCUGGGAUGACGGUGACUCCAGAGAGACAGUCGCAUCUGGCGCGUACAUCCAUUACCAGUUCUCUGUGGUUAAUCGUAUCCUGAGCAUGCAGGUCAUGCACAACGGCUUCAGUGACCCCAACAACCUGAAGUUUGAAAACGUCACCAUCCUGGGCCUGAGCAACCCUCCAACCCACGUCUUGGUCGACCAUGGGACCAACAUCACCACGGUGCCUUCUGGGAACCUUCGCUAUGACGCCACCAAAAAGGUCCUGUACAUCACGGGUCUACAACUGGAACUGGGUCAGAACUACAAACUGAUGUGGGAUGUGGUGCUUGCGGAGAACCAACGGUUUAACUGCUACCCGGAGGAGGGCAGCAAUGAAGAAAAGUGCAGAGCCAGGGGCUGCAUCUGGGAGCCAACUAAUCUUCAGGGGGUUCCCUGGUGUUUUUACCCUGAAGACUAUGGUUACACAGUAGACACCGUCAAUGAAACCAGCACUGGCAUGCUUUUUGAUAUCCAACGGAGCAUGAAGUACCAGGCCGUUCAGCGACCGGGUUCUCCAGAUAUUGACCAUCUGCGAGUGGAGAUCAAAUACCUCAAUGAGUACAUGCUUCAGUUCAAGAUAUAUGACCCUGCCAAUCAACGGUUUGAGGUGCCUGUCCCCCUAAACGUUCCAAGUGCGCCAGAGGCUGACCCAAACAAGCGUAUGUAUGAGGUGAAGGUGGAGAAAGCCCCUUUCGGAAUCAAGGUUCUGAGGAAGAGCACAGGAACAGUCAUAUGGGAUUCUGCACUCCCUGGCUUCACGUUCUCUAACCUCUUCAUUCAAAUAUCAACUCGUCUUCCCUCCAAUUACAUCUAUGGGUUUGGGGAGACGGAGCACCCCACAUACAGGCAUGACCUCAACUGGCACACUUGGGGCAUGUUCGCCAAAGACCAGCCGCCCGGAAACAAAAUGAACUGCUAUGGUGUGCAUCCUUUCUAUAUGGGAUUGGAGGAAACAGCUGAUGCCCAUGGAGUCCUGCUCCUGAACAGUAAUGCUAUGGAUGUGACCCUCCAGCCCACCCCAGCACUGACUUAUCGUACCAUUGGUGGGAUUCUGGACUUCUACAUGGUGAUGGGGCCCACCCCCGAGCUGGUGGUACAGGAAUAUACAGCUCUGAUAGGCCGUCCAGUCCUGCCGGCCUAUUGGUCGCUUGGAUUCCAGCUCUGUCGCUAUGGAUACGAAAAUGACACUGAGAUUUCAGACCUGUACAGGGACAUGAGGAAUGCUGGCAUUCCCUAUGACGUCCAGUAUGCGGACAUUGACUACAUGGAAAGGCAGCUGGACUUCGUUCUGGACAAAAACUUCCAGGGGCUCCCUGCGCUUGUGAACCGAAUGAGAGGAGAGGGCAUGAGAUUCAUAUUCAUUCUGGACCCUGCAAUCUCAGGCAAUGAGACCGCAUACCCUGCUUUUGAACGAGGAGUCCAGGAAGACGUCUUCAUCAAAUGGCCUGCUAAUAUCAAGGAUGAGAUCGUCUGGGGGAAGGUAUGGCCGGACUACCCUAAUGUCACUGUGGAUGAAUCUUUGGACUGGGACACUCAGGUGGAGCGCUACAGAGCUUAUACUGCCUUCCCUGACUUUUUCCGCGACCAAACAGCGAAAUGGUGGCACAGAGAGAUUGAAGAUUUCUACAGGGACACGAUGAAGUUUGAUGGCCUGUGGAUUGAUAUGAAUGAGCCAGCAAGCUUUGUCCAUGGCACUGUAGGUGGAAAGUGUUUGGGAUCUCCCGAGUAUGAAAACCCGCCGUACAUGCCACCUUUGGAAUCCAAGCACAUGGGCCUCAGCCACAAGACCCUGUGUAUGAACAGUCAGCAGUUCCUGCCUGACGGCACACCAGUUCUGCAUUACGACGUCCACAAUCUGUAUGGCUGGUCACACACUAAACCCACUUACGACGCCUUAUUGAAUGUCACGGGCGAGAGAGGGAUUGUGGUGACCCGGUCCACGUACCCCUCCAGUGGAAAAUGGGCAGGUCACUGGCUUGGGGACAACAAUGCUAGCUGGGACCAGCUGUACAAGUCCAUUAUAGGAAUGAUGGAGUUCAGUUUGUUUGGCAUCCCCUACACUGGAGCUGAUAUCUGCGGCUUCUUCAACAAAGCUGAGUAUGAGAUGUGUCUUCGUUGGAUGCAGCUUGGAGCAUUCUACCCUUAUUCCCGAAAUCACAAUGGCAAAGGGAACCCAAGACAGGAUCCCGUGGCCUGGGAUGCUGCCUUUGCCAACGCCUCACGGGACGUGCUGAACAUUCGCUACACGUUGCUGCCGUACCUCUACACCCUCAUGUUCCACGCGCACAGCGAGGGCAGCACAGUGGUCAGGCCUCUGCUGCAUGAGUUUGUGACUGACAAGACGACGUGGGACAUCCACAAUCAGUUCCUCUGGGGGCCUGCCCUGCUGAUCAGUCCCGCGUUAAAUGCGGGUGUCAGAGAAGUCACUGGUUACAUGCCGGAGGCGCGAUGGUACAACUAUCAUACGGCAGAGGACAUUGGAAAGAGACGGCAGUGGGUGACCAUGCCCACUCCUCUGGACCAGAUCAAUCUUCAUGUGCGAGGAGGCUACAUCCUGCCCUGGCAGAAGCCAGAGAACAACACGCACUAUAGUCGGAAGAAUCCACUGGGUCUCAUCGUUGCUCUGAGCGACAGUGGGUUUGCCCAGGGCUCGCUCUUCUGGGAUGAUGGACAAGGCAUUGAUACUUAUGGAAGAGGCCAUUACCUCCUGGUUACUUUCACUGCCUACAAGGACACCCUGGUGAACAGGAUCUCACACGCUGCACUGGCCCCUGCCGACAAACUAACGCUCGGACAGGUGAAGGUGUGGGGCGCAGGGAGGGUCCCAGUGAGGGAGGUGGUAUUAAGGAAAGGGGCAGGUGCAGACAUUGCACUGCCCAGCUCCAGCUUCUCCCACAACCUGCAAACACAGGAACUGAUCAUGGAUUUAUCAGCGUCAUCAGUGUCUCUGGAUGAAGCCUUCUCCAUAAUUUGGAAAAUAAAUGUUUGA